CAAAGUUGUAUUAUUUUCUAUAAUACUUAACUCCAAGAAUGUGUUGAGUUAUAACAUUACUGUAACCUGUAACUGUGGCAUGUUAGUAUGCAAACAUUUAACUAAUUCACUACAAUGUAACAUAGACUGAUAAACUAACACAUUUAUAAACGGGUUAAAUUGAAUUUGAAUAUACAACACAAUUAUUGGGUACUAUGAAGUCCUUAUCUUUUAUUUGUAAUUAGGCUAUUAUAAAUAUAAGAAGUGAAAGGUAACCUUAACAAGUACUCACGUUAUCUGAGCUUGAAUUUGGGUACUAUCUCAAGGGAUAUUUUUCUUACUUUACCAGAAGUAUGGGAUGGCGCCGCCAUCAAAGCCCGCACUUAUGGCCAGGGGCAUUUCUGAUGGGUAUUAUCCUGACCUCAGAUCUUGUCCCAGAUUGUCCAAAAUCUCUUGACUUCAGAUCACUUUGAUCUAAGAUCGGGAAAGUACCGAUCGGAAAUGCUUCUGGCCAUCAGUGUGGGUUUUGGUGGCGCCUUCAAAGACACCACCCUGCACUGCUGGUGAAAAAGGAAAAACAUCCAUCGAUAUAGUGCCCAAAUUCAAGCUCAGAUCACGUAGUAGUGCUUGUAAACAUUAUUUUAAACUUUGGUACUACUAAUAACAUAUUUACGAUAAGCUAAUCUAAACCUAUUUAUAUUGCAAUACAGAUUUCAUUUAUUCUUUACAUUAUAAGCCUCAUUGCUUGCACAAAAUGGCUUCUGCUGUUACUGGUUACAGAGUAACCCAAAACCAAACAAUCAUGAGAAUAAAUCAUUCAGACCAGCUGUUACUGAAACAACAGUAUCCCGGUAAUAAAGUACCACUGAAUUACUUGCUACUGACACUAAUACUGCAUAUCUCUAAUGGCAGCAAGUGCAAUUUGUGUCAGACAUAUUUAUCCUUCAAAAUAGUAAAAAGCAGAGGAAAUGUUGACGCUACCAGAAGAGGUAUUGGAGAUAAUUGUUGCACAUUUGACAGCAAAAGAGUUGGCUGCAUGCUGUGGUGUAUCUUUGGGCUGGAGAGAACUCUUCAACAAAGAUAUAUUUUGGAAGCGCUUCUGUGACAAGAGGUUACCUGAAUACCUGAGAACUAUUAGCUCUCGUGUGACACCAAGAUUUGUCAUUCCACAAAACUCUAACAGUGACCUGACACCACUGUGUGACUGGAGAUUAAGUUACAUGAGAGAGGCUCAUCUGUGGGCAAAUUUGCUUGAAGGCAGGCAUACAAUAGAAUACCUUGACUCAGAAGUUAAUUCUGUAAUCAUACAGUGUAAAUUCUUAAAAAAUGAUUUCCUGUUGACAUUGGGCAGCAAGAUUGUAGUAUAUGAUAUAAGAGCAACACCAGUAAUUUACGUGGAAAAUCCAAUUCGAUUGCUGCCUAUGCAUUCUGUGGACUUAUGUGAGGUUUUUGGUGACAGGAUCGUCAUUGUUCAAUAUUUCGUGGUACAGGUAUACCAUAUCAAUUUAGUACUACAGAAUUGGCCACAAGAGCGUAUUUUCGUUUACAAUCAGGACACGGAAUGUACUUUUGAAGAAAAUCAAGAUAUUAAUAGUCAUAUUUUGGGACUUCCACUUUGUGCCAGAAAACCAGUUUGUAAAAUUAUAGGAAAUAUUUUUUUAGGUAGUGACCAGAUCAAUGGAAGCAUCCACAUUUGGGACCUCAAGACAGGAAAGAAAAUAAAAGAGGAAGUGUUCAAAUUAGCAUUGAGUUCUAGAUUUAUUGAAUUUAAACCCUCUACAACUUGCAAAACUGAAAUAGUAGUGGUGUUGAAACAAAACAUGGCCGAUGGGGAAUGUUUUCUUUUUCUAGUGUACAAUUUGCAAUCAUUUGAGUUUUACCCUUUGGCUAAAAGCUACAGCAGAUACAGUCAGUGUUUAUUAUUUGGCGAACAUCUAGCCAUAGUAUCUUUUAAUAACUUACAGAUAUUAAAUUACAAAACAUGUGAGAUGAUCAGAGAGUUGUUCAGUGAGUCAGUGACUAUAGAUGUCUGGAAGAAUAAUAUAGUUUUUAAUGAAGGCAAGAAUCUGAGAAGAUUUUUAUCAUCAGCAGAAGAAGUGACAUUGUUAGAAUUGGAUAUGAAAAUUGUUCACUUUAAGUUGUUCAAUGACAAGUUCUUAAGAGUGUCUGUGAAAGGUGAUGGAAAACAGGAUUGGCAAGGACAAAUGUGUGGUUGGAAUAUUGAAAUAGAAAGAACGUAUUGGAAUAUUGGAAAUGAUUGGAAGAAAAUUAUCCAGUUCCCAUUUCGUGUCAAUGACUUGUGUGUAAACGAGCCUUGCACAAAAAUUGUGGCGUCGGUAAUUGGAUUACCGUGGGUAUUGAUUAAUUAUUGGUAAAAUCGUAAUGCAUUCUGUCACAUAAUAUAUUGACAAGCAAGCAUAAAAAUAGGAUUGUAAUACAGAGUUACCUGAAAUGAUCCAUGCAUUGUAAAUAGACUUAUGGAUGGUGGCAUACCUCCAAUACAAGUUUUUUACUUGGCUAUUAAGUAUUACAUCUCAGCUGAUGUAAUUUUUUUAGAUCAGAGAAAGACAGUUUAUUUCUUGUUCAGUAGGCAACAGCUGGGGAACACAAAAUCAAUUGAGAUCAUUUACCUACAUUCAGGGGAUUGUACGGCUUAAUGAUUGCUGUGGACGUCAACAACACCACUCCCCUGUUUGUUGAUAAUUAAUGACAGUUUCUAGGUGAUUCUUGUAUGAGACAUUGAAAUAUAUUGCUAUAGUUGAUGUAGGAAAAGAAUACUAUGGUAAAGAUUUAGGCCUAUAUGUGUUUAAGUGUGUAUUUAUUUUAAUAAAAAAGAAUACACAAAUAUGUGUAAUAGCAAUAAAAGUGCAAAGUAAUAAGCAUAUAUUAGUAGGCCUUUAUUGCAUUUUAGUUAUAAAGCAAUAAGAUCUGCAUUUUAUUUUGAAACACACAUCGCACACACCACACAAGUGUAUUUAUAUAGGCUUACAAAACAUAUAAUCAAUUUUUCAAUGA